AUGGACCGACUGCGUCGUUCCCGAAGCAUCGUGUCGGCGUACCUGCCGUCGCUGUUUCAGCCCCUGACGGAGAGCGCGACCGACGCGACGCUGGUGCAGGGCAUGAUCGUGUUCGGCUUCGGGCGCUUCCAGAGGCUGGCGCUGCUGUGCGCGCAGAUCACCACGUUCGUGGCCUACUCGCAGAGCUUCGCCGUCGUCACAGACCUGGAGCCCGUGGACCACUGGUGCCGACCCGGCGCCGAGUACGCCAACGUGAGCGCCAAAGCCUGGAAGGAGCAGUACCUGCCCCGCGGACCGGGAGGCCGAGGCCACGACGGCUGCCGCCACUACGAGGAACCGCAUAAGGGUGGCGAAGAGGACCAUGGGGCCGACAACACCACGCGUGUGGCGGUCGCCUGCGACGCCUGGGACUACGACACGCGCCACACGGGAACCACCGUGCUGGUCUUCUGGAACAUCGUGUGCGACCGCAGGUGGUACCAGCACGUGAUCAAGGCGGCGUUCAUGUGCGGCGCCGCGCUGUCCGUGCCGUGCGCGGGCCUGGCGUCCAACCGCUGGGGUCGCCGGCCGAUCAUGUGGGCCGCGGUGUGCGUCCUCCUUUGCUCCGGCGCCGCCACCACCCUGGCGCCCACGCUGAUUGCCUUCAUAGUGCUGCGAUUCGUCUCUUCGGCAGCCGUCAGCGUGCUAGAGGUAGUGUCCUUUGUCCUGCUCUUCGAGUCGACCCCCGUGGGUCCGCGGGAUCCCUUCUGCGCUCUGGCCGUCUGUUGGCCCACAGUCCUGGCGCCCGUAUACGUGGCGACUGUCGCGUACGUGGCCUCCAACUGGCGCAUGUGGCACGCGUGCCUCGCGCUCCCCGCGCUGUUCCUGUUCUUGACGGUGUCCGUGACCGAGGAGUCGCCGCACUGGCUCAUCGUCAACCACCGCUUCCACGAGGCCCGCAGGGUGGCCCUCUGGGCCGCCCUGCUCAACGACGAAGAACCCGACGUCGUGAUCGAGCGACUCGAGAAGGUCAAGGACAUGCUGGUGCUGGGGACCGCUGCGGCGGGAACUACAGCGGCGGCGGAAGAGCGCGGUCAGUCGAGCCGCCGCAGGCGGUCGCAGCUGCGUUACUUCCGAUCGCGCACCAUGCUGGCCCACUGCUUCGUCGUGUUCGGCUGCUGGUUCACAGUGUACGGCAACUACUACUACCGGGACAUGGAGGGCCCGCACGCGAGCUUCGUCAAGUGGGUGGUGAUCGCCGGCAACGUGCCGGCCAUGACGAUCGCCUACUUCAUCAUCAAGCACCACGGCCGUCUGGCGCCGCUGGUGGUCUUCCUGAUGGCCGUGUCAUUCAUGCUGCUCUACAGCGCCGUGUCCCAGACCAUGGGCCUUAGUUUUCCGAUCCAGCUGAUCGUCAUGUGGCGGUCGCUGCUCCUCAACAUCGCCUACGUCCUGCUCUGCGUACACACCGUGGCGCUGUUUCCGACGCAGGUUCGCAGCGUGGCCUUCGCCGGGGCGUACACCUUCGGCCGGCUGGGUGCCAUGGUGGCCGACGCGUUUCCUGUUUUCGUGACGAGCCUGGGUUACGAACUGGAUGCGUUGUACAUGGCCGUCGCGGCCGUCAACCUGCUCCUCUUCUCCCUGCUGUUGCUCCCGCUGUCCGAGAAGAGGCUGCUCGACAUCGUGAACCGCGUGGACGCGCUCGACGCAGCGGGCACGGCACAGCCGAUGAAGCGGAGCAGUGUCUCGCCGGACUCCGUGUGUUUGAAGCAGUAGACGAUACCCUGCAGAGAAGACAUGAGCGAACAAGCGUUGAAUCGAUGGACAAUUAACAGGCGCUUUAGUCUAAAACUUGCAAAUGCAUUUUUCGUGGCUACAAGGCCGCUUAUGGACUAUUUGUAUCGCUUUAUAAGCUAACCGUUAAACCCGUGCUUUCAGUGCGAGCAUCACUAUAAACCCAGUACAUUGCCAUAUACACGUAUGUCUGGUUCGCCUAACUUCCAGAGCACACUUGAACCGCCCGAGUCGACCCGGAUUGGAGUAACACUUACCGCUCAGUGGAAUUAACACCGUGGUGGGCCACCCUUCGUGGCCUUGGUUUACGUUUGGGCGUAUCACAGUACAAGGGGCUGCGCACGUUUCCUCUAGCGAUGAUUCAGCCUUCAGUGAUGAUUCCGACUAUUUCACAUUAAAGUGCAUUAUUGAAAGUGAACGCGCCUGUGUUUGUUCUGGUAACAUGAACAUUUUCUGAUAAUUAUGUUGGUUUCAUAACGUGGCCUCAAUGAUGUUGCCCGGCUAAAUGACAGCGCAUGAGAAGUCGUUUGGAAAAAGCUUGUGGUCCAAGACGACGUUCCAAGGGUGAUGCGAUCAUCGGUCGGUAAAUGCGCUCAAACUUUGUUCAAGCAGCGAAUCUGUCUGGCCAGUGAGUGAUACUUUCGUGAGCUGGAGUGUGGUUGAGAAUAAUUUUGAUUAAGUGUCCCAGUGAUUAAGCGAAAAAGACAAA